AUGGCGGAGGAGCGCGUGCAGGCUCUAGAGCAGCAUAUGAUAGCGCUGGCCCAGGAGCUGCAGAACCGCCAGCAGAGGGAUAACGAUCUCACGGCCGAGGUGCAGCGGCUCGGCCGUGUGGCCGAGGCUAGACCACGGGUGGACGGGCCUGUGCCACAGCCUCGAGCCGAGUCGCUCGUGGACACCCGCACGCUGGGCAAGCCAGACGUGUUCACGGGCGAAGAGCACAAGUGGAACGAUUGGAAGGUGAUCUUCAAGGCGUACUGUGGCGUCGUGAACGCCGACUUGCUGGCAGGGAUGCGACUGGCAGAGAGCGCUGACGAGGCCUCAGUUCAGAACGAUGACUUCCUCGAGGAGAACAUGAGGCAGGCCUCGCAGCAGCUGUAUUACAUCUUGCUCCUCCUCUGCCGGCAGCAUCCCCUGACGACGAUCGUGAAUGCUGGCGAGAAUGAGGGCUUCCAGGCUUGGCGCAAGCUGGUUGAAUACUACGAACCGAAUGCGAGGUCCCGCAUCGCGGGGCAGCUGCUGAAUCUCCUGAACUUCUCGUUCGCUGGCGAUGUCGAGGACCGGCUGGCGCUGUUCGAGCGAGAGCUCCUCAGGUACGAGCAGAGGAGCGGCGAGGCCAUCACAGCCUCCAUGAGGAUCGGCAUCGUCCUUCGGCAGCUCGAGGAAGGCCCUCUACGCCAGCACCUCUUGCUCAAUGCGACCAGGCUGGUCACCGACAUCCGCCGUGCCCAGAGCGCCAUCGCCCCGGUGCCCGCGCCCAUGGACCUGAGCGCGUUCACCAAGGGUGACGGCAAGGGCAGGUUCAAGGGCGACGGCAAGGGCAAGAGCAAGUCCAGUGGCAAGGGCAAGAGCAAGGGCGACAGCAAGGGCAAGUCCAAGUCCGACGGCAAGAGCAAGACCAGCAGCAAGUCACAUGGUCAGCAGCUCGGGCCACUUUGCUGGGGCUGCGGCGGUCGCGGCCACACUCAGCGUGAAUGCCCGAGCAAGCACAGGGGGGCGUUGGCGAGCAUGGAGCAGACGCUGGCUCGCAUCAACGCCUCCCAGUCGACGAGUACGACCGUGCCAUCGGCGGCCUAUCUCGACGGCUGCGACUACGAGGUCGCAGCACUCUACCUGAACGACGUGGACGAGCAGGUCAGCUACCCGUUCGCGAACCUCCACUCCCUCAGCAUCUACGACCCGGGGCCGGACAAGGCGGACGUGGUCGACUCUGCGACCGGCGCGGCCCUGGACCUGAACAUGAUCCACGGCAACUCGGAUGCGGAGGAGGUCGAGCUCAACGGCAUCUUGCGUGUGGGCAUCGACUCGUGUGCGGCGGCAUCGGUGCUGCCGCGUGGCUCGUGUACGGACUACCCGGUGCACGAGGGCGGCCGGGCGAUCUCGUACAAGACCGCCUCUGGCCACUACGUGAACGACGAGGGCGAGAAGAUCCUCGUGGGGACGAUGCCUGGGGCUUCUCAGGCACGCGCUGCCAAGUUCAGGGUGGCGGACAUCAGCAAGCCGUUGCUGAGCGUCGCGGAGAUGGUCGACUCUGGCCAUCGGCUCGUCUUCGACUCGGAGGGCGGGCAGGACAUUAGCUACGCGUACCACAAGACCAGCGGAGACGUUGUCAGGUUCUGCCGCAGGAAUAAGGUCUACGAGAUGGAUAUGCACGUCGACCCGUACGUGCCGGAGGUCUGCCCGGUCGAGGUGGCAGGCCACGAGCCUCCCGAGGGUGAAGCCGGCCAGCCAGGCGCGGCUCACGAGGAGGUCGCCGAGGGCCCGCCGGCACGGCCGGCGAGGGAGCCCGCAGCGCCGACGGCGGCCGAGCGAGCCGCGCACGAGGUGCUGCACGAGCCCUACAGGGCAUGGUGCCGGGAGUGCGUCUCCGGCAGAGGCCUGUCAGCAGGCCAUCAGACGAAGGACCGCCAGGAGUCAGCGCUCGCGGUGGUUGGCAUCGACUACGGCUACCUCGGUGAACGAGAGGACGCUACGCCGCUGCUGAUCGGGAAAGAUUCGAAGCAGCGUUGGUUCCACGCGUCGGUGGUGCCAGCUAAGGGGGCGCAGCAUCCCUGGCCGGCAAAGUCGUGGUCCAGGAGGCUGGCUUCGGCUGGCCACAAGCGCUUCGUCUUCCGCUCAGACGGCGAGGCGCCGCUCGUCGCCCUGAAGACCCGCAUCGGGGCCAAGCUCAAGGAGGAGUGCGGCAUCGAGGCGGUGCCCGAGGAGAGCGCGGUCGGCGACUCUCAGGGCAACGGCCUGGCCGAGCACGCGGUGCGCGAGGUCAAGGCCAAGGUGAGGGCGGCGCGGGCGCAGGUGGACGACCUCCACGGCGUGAGCAUUGGCGUCGAGCACCCAGUGACCGCGUGGAUGGUCGAGUUCGCAGCCAUGUCCAUCAAUCUGGGCAGGCGGGGCGCUGACGGCCGCGCGGCUUGGGAACUUCGGCGCGGCCGCCCCUUCAACAAGGACCUGGCUUGCUUCUCGGAGAAGGUCCUGUAUCUCCCAGGGGGCAAGCGCAAGGCUGGGACCGAGGACAAGUUCCUCGCUGGGCUCUACCUUGGGCUCACGCUUCGGACGGGCGAGGUCUACAUUGGCACGGAGUUGGGCGCACUACGGGCCAGGACCUUCAAGUGGUUGACGGUCGAGCAGCGGGCCGACAAGGACCUGCUGAACAGCCUCGUGGGGAAGCCGUGGGCGCCGGUGCCGACGGACGUGGAGGUGGACGAGGUGCCGGUGGCCAUCGAGAUCCGAGCGCCGGUGCCAGCGCCGGUCGCGCCUUUGGGCGGACCUCUGGCGCCCAUCCCCGAGGCUGGGGACCUCCCGCCCCGGGCUCUCCGAGUCGGGCGACCACCAGCAGGACCGCGGGCCGUCUACAUCAGGAAGGACGUCGAGAUCGCGAAGUACGGGCUCUCCCCGGGCUGCUACGGCUGCGCCGCGAUCCUCAACGGCGCCCGGGCGCAGGCUCACUCAGCCGAGUGCCGCGCUCGGAUCGAGCAGGCGAUGCAGGACGACGAGGAGGCAAAGCAGAGGCUCGAGGAUGCCCGUGAGCGGAAGCGGCAUCGCACUGACGUCGCCGGGCCUGUCUAUCAAGAGGGCGGCUCGUCAGGCAGCGGCGGUCCAGCCCCAGCUCAGCGGGUGCCGCCAGCACCCGAGGCCGCGGCGGCGGCUGACGUGGCGAUGGCUCCGGCACCACACGACCCCGGCGACGACAACAUGCAGGAGGAGAUCGGUGCCCUCCUGCUCUCUCUCGGCUACAGCGGGCGCAAGGCCGACGUGAUGGAGGUCUUCUGCCCGAAUAGGCUUGUGGGCUUUGCCCCCCUCUUCGGUCUGGUUCACGGCGGCUCGUUCGACCUGAGGGUUGGCUGGGACCUGACCGACCGCCAGCAGCAGCGACAGUGCCGGGAGCUGAUCGAGCACUUCGAGGUGUACUUCCUCUUGGGCAGUCCUCGCUGCGCGCCGUUCUCCAUGCUGAAGUACCUGAAUGAGGACACGGAGAAGCAGCGUGAGGCCUACGCCAUCGGGUACGAGCACUUGAGGUUCGUGAUGGAGCUCUACACGCUGCAGGUGAAGCACGACCGCACGUUCUUGCACGAGCACCCCUGGAGCGCGGACAGCUGGGACCUGGACAUCGUGAAGGAUGUGAUGGCUCUCCCGGGUGUCGAGGUCGGGCGAGGCGACCAGUGCGUGUUCGGCCUGGUGGUUGCGGACGCGCACGGCGACAGGCUCGCCAAGAAGCCGACAGGGUGGAUGAGUAAUAACAAGGAGGUGUUGGAUGAGGUCUGCAAGCGCUGCCCCAAUGAUACUGGCAUUGGCAGCCGCCACGAGCAUUCCACCUUCGUCGGCCGCAACAUGCGUGUGGCGGAGAGGUACCCGGUCAAGCUCCUCCGCGCCAUCCUCCGUGGCCUCCGCCGUCACCUUAGCAACAAGAAGGUGCUCACGCUUUCGGCCCUGGAUGCUGGGCCGAACGUGGACGAUGAGGAGAUCAGCCUGAAGGACUUCGUCGGGAAGUGGCGCGACACGCUGAGGACCGAGUUCUACGACGACCUCACCGGCCUCCCGCUGGACCCCACGCGGGUGAAGGCCGCGAGGCGCCUGGAGAUGGAUUUCAUGGCGCAGCUUGGCGUGUGGGUCUACGCGAGGGAGGAGGACUGUCAGCGCGAGCUUGGACGGAGGCCUCUCAGUGUGCGCUGGGUUGAUAUCGACAAGGGCGACACCGACCGGCCGGAUUACAGAUCCAGGCUCGUCGUGCAGGAGACCAAGGCGCAGAGCACCAUCGCCGGGGACGACAUCGGCGCGGUGUUUGCGGCGACCCCGCCGCUAGAGUGCCUCCGGCUCAUCUGCAGCAUGGUGAUGUCGAGCGACCCGUCCGAGGGCCGCGUGCUGCGCUUCCUGGACAUCUCGCGGGCACACCCGCACUGUGAGAUCAAGAGGACGGUCUACAUCAAGCUUCCAGAGGAGGAUCCGAUGUCGCAGGAGAUCGGUACGUGUGGGCUCUUGCGGAUGGCGCUCUACGGGACGCGCGACGCUGGCCAGAACUUCGAGCUCACGACUGCCGAGACGGUCAUCGGUGCUGGCUGCGACCAGUCGGCCUUCUCGCCUUGCGUGUACUGCCACAAGGACCUCCAGGUGAGCUUCUUCCACCACGGCGACGACUUCGUGCUCGAGGGCUCUCGGGACGGGACGGAGUCGAUCUGCGAGGCCCUGAAGACGAAGUUCAUCGUGAAGGACAGGGGCGUGCUCGGGCCGGCGCCUACCGACGCAAAGGAGAUCACGUGCCUCAACAGGGUAAUGCGCUGGCGAGACCGAUGGUGCCGAGGGGGCGAGGCCAUCGAGUACGAGGCGGAUCCCAGACACGCGCAGAUCUUGCACGCGCAGCUUGGAAUGGACCCCCGCACCACGAAGUCAUUGAGCACGCCAGGGCUGAGCCAGAAGCUUACACCUGACGUCGAGCGCGAGCUGAACGAGCACGAGGCGGCAGAGUACCGCAGUGCGUGCAUGAGGCUGGGCUACUUGGCGCUCGAUCGGCCAGAGGUGCAGUUCACGGCCAAGGAGUGCGCUCGCGGCAUGCAGAGGCCGACAGAGCGACACCUCCGCCUUCUGAAGCGCGCUGGACGCUUCUUGAUCGGGGCGCCGCGGGCCAUCUGGAAGUGGGGCCGACAGCGGGCACCCACAGUGAUGGACAUCUAUUCGGACACCGAUUGGGCAGGCUGCCCGAUCACGCGGAGGAGCACCAGUUCGGUCGUGAUCAAACAUGGGCAGCACCUGAUCGUUACGGCAUCGACGACUCAGAUCCCCAUCUCCAUGAGUUCGGGGGAGGCUGAGUUCUACGGCUGUGUGCGGGCGGCCAGCAGGGCCAUCGGCAUGCAGCCACUGUGCCAGGGCCUAGGCAGGGACGUGAGCCUUCGCAUCUGGAGCGACUCGGCAGCUGCUCUUGGCAUCAUGCAACGACGAGGCUGCGGCAAAGUCCGACACCUCGAGACGCCGACGCUGUGGGUGCAGAAGGCACUCAAGGACGGACGGUUUCAACUGGCUAAGGUUCCCGGGAAGUCGAACCCGGCGGACCUGGGGACGAAGUUCCUCGACCAGGCGGCGAUGCUCCGAGGGCUGGAGAUGAUGAAUGUCAGGCUCUCGGACGCGCCCCUCUCGAGUGCCCUUCAGGCGAAGGUCUGA